AUGAACUUCCACUCAAACCCAUGGACUGCAUAUGUUUUACUUAUAUCUUCAGCUGAUUUUCGUAAAAAUGAGAGAGAUUCCUUUCGCAACGAUCUACUGGCGCCGAGAAAAUUUGUGCCAUUAUUGGACAUAAGGCGUUUAGGCAACCCCCUUCUACCCGUAAACCGUGCGAAAGCUGCUAAAAUCGCCAAACAAAUAUACAAGCGUGUCCUAUGUGUUCUUUCCAGCUUCUUCCAUUUAAGGAAUUUAAAAAUAUCACCUACAAAAUCCUCAGCAACUCUCUCCACCACUUGGACUAAGGAAGUAGGACUAGAACUGGAUGUGACAGUCGAUGGCGAAAAAAUUCCGACGGUAAAUCACCCCAAAAUACUUGGUGUCACAUUCGAUAGCCUCCUUAUGUCCUCAGCGCACACCACUGCAAUCUGCAACAAGAUGCGAAGUAGAAACAAGGUACUCAAGUCUCUAGCCGGCAGCACUUGGGGAAUGGAUAAAGAAAUCUUGUUGACUACCUAUCAAACGAUUGGCCGGUCAGUGGUAAACUAUGCAGCGCCAGUGUGGACACCUAGAUUUAGCGACACGCAAUGGAAGAAGCUUCAAAGCUGUCAAAACGCAGCCCUAAGAACGGUGACAGGCUGCAUUCAAAUGACAUGCGAAGAACAUCUGCAUGACGAAACGAAGAUGCUUUCAGUUAAGGAACAUAACAUCAUGCUGUCAAAGCAGUUCCUACUGGGAUGUCAUCGGAGGGACCACCCUAACCACCAUUUAACGGAAUCAACACCCGCAUAA